CGCGUGCCCGCUCCGAGGGGUUGGUUGGAGAGCGAGAGAUACAGAGCGCGCGCGUGGUACGGCGCAGCCUCGGAGCGUGCAGGGAAGAUGGCGGCCGAUAAACAGAAGCAUCAUGACGGGAGGGUGAAGAUCGGCCACUACAUCCUAGGGGACACGCUGGGAGUGGGCACUUUUGGCAAGGUGAAAGUUGGCAAACAUGAACUAACUGGACACAAGGUUGCCGUGAAAAUUUUGAACAGACAGAAAAUUCGUAGCCUUGAUGUGGUGGGAAAGAUUCGACGUGAGAUCCAAAACCUGAAGCUGUUUAGACAUCCUCAUAUAAUUAAACUGUACCAGGUCAUAAGUACACCUACAGAUAUCUUUAUGGUUAUGGAGUAUGUUGCUGGCGGUGAACUCUUUGAUUAUAUCUGUAAAAAUGGGAAGCUGGAUGAGAAAGAAUCACGGCGUUUGUUUCAACAAAUUCUCUCUGGUGUCGACUAUUGCCAUAGACACAUGGUAGUGCACAGAGACCUGAAACCUGAAAACGUGCUUCUUGAUGCACACAUGAAUGCAAAGAUUGCUGAUUUUGGGCUUUCAAAUAUGAUGGCUGAUGGAGAAUUUUUGAGGACCAGUUGUGGAUCGCCCAAUUAUGCAGCGCCAGAAGUAAUUUCAGGAAGACUUUAUGCUGGACCAGAAGUUGAUAUAUGGAGCAGUGGUGUAAUUCUCUAUGCGUUGCUCUGUGGGACUCUUCCAUUCGAUGAUGACCAUGUGCCAACUCUAUUUAAGAAGAUCUGUGAUGGCAUCUUCUAUACCCCUCAGUACCUGAAUCCUUCAGUAAUUGGCCUUUUAAAACACAUGCUACUGGUAGAUCCCAUGAAAAGAGCUACGAUCAAAGAUAUCCGAGAACAUGAUUGGUUUAAACUAGACCUCCCAAAAUAUCUAUUUCCUGAAGACCCAUCUUACAGUACAAACAUGAUUGAUGAUGAAGCCUUAAAAGAAGUUUGUGAAAAAUGUGAAUGUACAGAGGAAGAGGUUCUGAGCUGCCUGUACAGCCGUAACCACCAGGAUCCAUUAGCUGUUGCCUACCAUCUGAUUAUAGAUAACCGUAGAAUAAUGAAUGAGGCCAAAGAUUUCUACUUGGCUACAAGCCCUCCGGAUUCUUAUAUGGAAGAACCCAGUGUAUCCCGUCCUCAUCCGGAGAGAGUACCCUUUGUAGUAGCAGAGUCUCCUCGACAGAGGCACACUCUUGAUGAGUUGAACCCACAAAAGUCCAAACACCAGGUUGGUGUAAGAAGAGCGAAGUGGCAUCUUGGCAUUAGAAGUCAGAGUCGACCCAAUGAUAUCAUGGCUGAGGUCUGCCGAGCAAUGAAACAACUUGGCUAUGAAUGGAAGAUUGUCAAUCCUUAUUACCUGAGAGUCAGAAGACAGAAUCCAAUCACUAGCGUUUAUGCAAAGAUGAGCCUCCAGCUGUAUCAGGUGGACAGCAGAACGUAUCUCCUAGAUUUUCGCAGCAUUGAUGAUGAGGUUACCGAACCAAAAUCUGAAAGUGCCACACCUAGAUCUGGUUCCAUUGGCAACAAUUCACGGCCGUUGCAGAAGAAUGAUACUGAAGCUGAAGGCCAAGGAAAGUCCUCAGAUGGUUCAGUCCCAUCGUCCUUGACCUCCUCGGUUGACUCCACAAAUGCUGAAGUGGUCCCAAGGCCAGGAAGCCAUACAAUUGAGUUUUUUGAAAUGUGUGCAAAUUUAAUUAAAAUACUUGCACGAUAGGCCGAAGCCUUGGCCUAUUUCAUAUCCAGCAAUAAGCAUGCAGUAACUUGUAGCCAAAUGCUUCCAGUUUUAAUCCAGUCAUUAUCUAUAUAUAAAGAGCUGAAAGCAACAUCACAAAUGCAAUUUGCACAUUGAUUGGAAGACUUUUUUAUGUUUUUUUUUUGUUAGAUUUAAGACCGUGAAACUAAUGUGUGAUCAUUAUUUUUAAUAGGUAAAAUGCCAACAAGUAUAAUUUGUAUAUAUUUUUCAAGUUGGCAAACUUUAAAUUGCACAUUUUAUUGAACACUGGGCUAUAUUUCAUAAUUCCAAAAACUUUUCCUCUCUUCCCUUAUACUUUAGUUCUUUUCUUCACAUAUUUAAUCUGGUUUAAGCAUGUGGUUUGACCAUUAUUGUGCUGCUUAAACAUGCUUUGGGAUGCACCAAUCUUUGCUCAAAAUCAAAAUGGUAAAUUAAUAGGCUAGACAUUUUGUACAAAUGUAAUAAAAAUGAAGAUUUCUUUUUUUUUUUUUAUAGAUAUAUUUAUAAAUAUAUAUAUCUACACAACCUGAUAACAUG